CUCAGAGGCGGGAGGCAGGGCCGACCGAAGCGCGAACGGGACUAGGGGCGGGGGGCAGUCACCCCAUCGCAGCCCCGCUGCACCCCAUCCCCACCCGCCCACCCCGCCGGCGAUGUCUAACGUUCACCUCUCCGCUGCCGCCGCCGCCCUGGAGCGUCUCUCCGCCCGGCGAGCCCUGGCCGGGCAUGGCCGUAGCCCAGUCUGCAGGAGCCUCUUCGGGCCGGUGGACCACGAGGAGCUAGGCAGGGAGCUGCGGACCCGCUUGCGGGAGAUGGGAGAGGACGACCAGCGCCGCUGGGACUACAACUUCCACACCGACACCCCGCUGCCGGGGCCCGGUCGUCUCAGCUGGGAGGAAGUGGAGGGCGAUACCGUGCCCGCUUUCUAUCGGGAGACGCUGCAGGUGGGGCGGUGCCGCGUCCCGCUCCACCGAACCCCCCCCGCCUUGCCGCCGCCGCCCCCCACCGCCGCUGCCGCCGGCAAGGGGCCCGGGAGCCGCCUGAGCCGAGAGAACCGCGCCGCGCCCCGCCGCCGAGGCGUGCGGCCCCGCCGGAGAGGUCCUCCAGCCCGCAUCACAGAUUUCUUCGUGAGGAGGAAACGGCCGGCGGAGCCCAAGGCGGCGGCGGAGCUUCCCGGAGGCUGCUCACCGCCCCCCGCCGCCGUCCCGGCUGAGCAGACCCCCCGCAAGCGGCUCCGGUGAGCCAGACCUUUGCACUACGGCACCCACGGGAGAGGCGAGCCUCUGCCCCCGGAGGCGCAGGGGGCCGAGACGGGCCGUGCGGCGAACCGGGACCCCACCAGCCCAGCAGGGCCGGGGACCCGCAGCGGAACCGAAGCAGUUGCCCGCCGGCCGCGGCCGCGCACGGAGCAGUGUUAACGUAACGACUGUGCAAUGUAUGGCGUGUUGUAUAGAAAUGUAUUAAUGCCUAAUGUGAGUACACUGGCCAGAAGUGUAAAGCUUUAAAAGUCAUUUAUAUGAAAUGUUUAAUCUCUGCUGAGCUCUCAGUGCAAGGAAAAAAAAAAAAAAAA